AUCUCCUGCCUAGACUUGAACUUCAGACUACAGCUUGCGCAGUCAAAGUCAUUCCUGAUUUCACUGUAGUUAUACGCAAAAUCAUAGAGCUUUACGAAAAUGGUACACAAGCUCGUCGCUGCCUUGGGGCUACUCGCGCCCACGUGGGCACUUCUUAGGUUCCCUUGUUCUCAGCUCACCGUCCAGCGUUUGGAUCCUCUCGUCAACCCGGGGCAGAACCCUUCAGCCCAUUUACACCAGGUUGUGGGAGGAAACUCAUUCAAUACCACUAUGAACCCUGCAACACAUGAUCUUGCUAAGCUCUCGACGUGCACUACAUGCCAGUUCUCAGAAGACUUCUCUAACUAUUGGACUGCCGUGCUUUACUACCGUGCGAAGAACGGAACAUUUAAACGUGUGCCACAGAGAGCUCAGGAUAACUCGCAGAACCAGGGCGGAAUGAUGGUCUACUACAUGACAGACGCGCUAUUCGACACGGCUCAGAAAUCAACCGUAACAGCUUUUAAGCCUGGCUUUCGCAUGCUCGUCGGUGAUGCGACGUACCGCAACCGUGAGCAGUCGCGCAAGUGGCGCCAAUUGACUUACACAUGCAUGAAAGACGCCAGCACCCGCGCCCCCGAGACGAUCAACUUCCCAACGAAAGCCUGCCCAUACGGCAUCAUGGCCAACCACCGGUUCCCAACGUGCUGGGACGGCGUGAACCUCGACUCGCCCAAUCACCAAGACCAUGUCGCCUAUCCGGAAAGCGGCACCUUUGAAUCAGGCGGUCCAUGCCCAUCAACCCAUCCCGUAAGACUGCCUCAGAUUCUGCUGGAAACAGUCUGGGACACACGCGGCUUCAACAGCAUCGACGCCUCGGAUUUCGCGAACGGGAACCAGCCGUUCGUCUGGUCCAGCGGCGACGCGACCGGGUUCUCGGACCACGCCGACUACGUCUUCGGAUGGAAGGAUAACGCGCUCCAGAAGGCCAUGGACGGACACACGUACGUAUCUGCGCCGAUGUUGAAGACGCAGAACGUGGCCACGCAGAACCAAUGUAAGGUCGCUGAUAAAGUCAACGAGCCUAUUGAUGGCUGGCUCAAGGAGCUUCCUGGCACCAACCCCGUCGUGAAGAGAGAGUUCACGGCUUGAGAAAGUAG